UCUCAUAAAAUUACCUAGAUAUUACAUAGCAAGGAACAGAGUUUACUGGAAAUAGCUGAAACGCUGCCCAAAUGGAUGUUGCCGCGUCCAGCGGCCAAAUUGACAUUGUGUCGCUGCGAAAUCGCAAGCAUGGAACAUACACGCACAAAUACACGCCGCGCGAUGCCAUGCUAUACGCGCUAGGGCUCGGGUGCAGCACAACCUGCCCAGGCGACCUGCGCUACAUCUACGAGGGCGCGGGCCGCAGCGGCGCCGCCGGCACCCAGGGCGGCCUCGGCGGCAACCAGCAGCAGGCGGGGCGGGAGGCCGGGGACGCGGGGGAGUUCGCUGUGCUGCCCACGUAUGCCAUCGUGGCGGCCCACCCGGCCCUGGGGCUGGUGCCGCUGGAGAGCUACCUGCCGGGCGGGCUGGACCGGGCGGGCGCGCUGCACGGCGAGCAGUACCUGCAGCUGCUGGCGCCGCUGCCGGCGGAGGGCGGGCAGCUGGUCAGCCGGCCCGAGCUGGUGGACAUGCAGGCCAAGGGCAAGGGCCUGGUGGUGGUGCUGCGCACUGUGACCACGGACGCUGUCAGCGGCCGGGACGUGGCCAUCAACGAGUUCACCACCUUUAUCCUGGGCAAGGGCGACGUGCGCACCCCCUGGCCGCCCGCGCCGCGCCUGCCCGCCGCCGUGGCGCCCAACGAGCCGCCGGCCCGGGCGCCCGACGCCGUGGCAGAGCUGGCCACCUCGCGCGACCAGGCGGCCCUGUACCGCCUCAGUGGUGACUUCAACCCCCUACACAUCGACCCCCAGGUGUCUGCGCGCGUGGGCUUCCAGCAGCCCAUCCUGCACGGCCUGUGCAGCAUGGGCAUCUCGGUGCGCCUGGUGCUGCGGCGCUUCGGCGGAGACGACCCCGCGCGCCUCAAGAGCGUCAAGGUGCGUUUCGCCAAGCCGGUGCUGCCGGGCGAGACCCUGCGCGUGGAGAUGUGGGCGGAGCCCUCCGCGCCGCCCCCCGACACAGACACCUCCGCCGACAGCGCCAGCGCAAGCAUGUUGUCGCGGCGGGAGGCGGCGCCGCUCAAAGUGGUGUUUCGCACCUGGGCCGUGGAGCGCAAGGCCCUGGCCAUUGCCAACGCAGCCGUGGAGCUGCAUCCGGAGGGCCCAGGGGCGGUGGGGGCGGGGGUGGCGCCGCGGCCCCGGUUGUAGGCAGGAUGGGGCUGGGUGGGAGCGGCCUCGCUCGCGGGAGUGCUUGGCUUGGUUGGCUUGGCCCAGGCUGCAUAGGCUGGACUGGUCACUGUCAUGGGCGCGGGGGAGUUUAGCGGGAUGGUGCCCGCUAAUGGAUGCAAGCUGCACGCUUGGGUUGCAGCAGCGUUUGGACUGUGUCAGCGGUGCGGCAGUCGAGCAGUUGCGCUCGGGUGUGGGUGGCGGCGCGGGCCGCGCAGGCUUGGCUGGGGCUGUUUGUGCGCAGACACGAGCGCCGGCGGUGGCUAUGGCUGCUGCGGAGCGCAGCGAAGCGCGGGAUUGGAGGAGGUCUGGACGGUUGAGUUACGAG